UCAUCAGAGUUAUUUUUCUGUUAAUAUUUCCAUAACCUACUGGUCACCUACAUAUAUUGCAUUCUCAUGUACGCUACUAUUGCCAAAUUAUGGUCAAACUCUCCUUCAACAUUUAUAUAAAGAACGGAAUACACAAAUGUCUUCAGAUACUUCUGCAGCAAUACCAAUACUGACUGAUGGCAAACCUUUAGAUCCAACACGUCUGCAAAGAAUUAUUGUUCUAAAAUUGAGAGGCCCUAGGAGAAGACAUGUUGGCUCGACUACGAUAUGGGAUUAUGACGACAUCAAAUUGAAAAUGGUGGCUAAGAGCAUACUUGAUUCACACUGCUGCAAACAUAUUGGACAAAAACAAUUUAGUCAAGUACUGACGGAAGAGUGGGUAUUUCCAGGUCACAGAUCUGGAAAGAAUUGCAAGUUAUUAUUAUAUAACUCCACAUAUAAUGAGUAUUUAAAGCCAUCAAUGGGUGAUAUAGAGCUUUUCCGAAGUUCUAAAGCAAUUGUUUCUUGGUGGAAGAAUUCAAUGUGCUGGGGUCAGUCAUUGCCAGCCCACUUGGUGGUAGUGAUGGGUACUCAAUUUUACAAUGGAGGAGAGAAUGCUCAUACUGACUAUCCGAUCACUGAUCUGCUGCAGAUGAUGGUCAUGCCAGCAGACCUAUGGAAGAUAAUUCUGGUAUAUGUGUCAUCUUAUGCCAUUCUCUUAGGAAAGUAUUAUAAAGAGUUCCUUUUUGAGGCCAUCCCAGUAGAGAGCCAUUUGCAUCAUUUCUUGCAUGAUCAUAUGAAUGCUGAAGUAGUAGUUGGGGUUGUAGAGAAUAAACAAUAUGCUGUUGAUUAUCUUACCUGGACCUUCAUGUACAGGAGGUUCACUAAGAAUCCGAACUACUAUAAUGUGCAGGUUGUCAGUCAUAGGCAUCCUUCUGAUCACCUUUCUGAACUCGUAGAGAAUGUUCUGAGUGGCUUAGAAGCAAGCAGAUGUGUUGCAAUCGAGGAGGAUAUGUACCUUAAACCCCUGAAUCUUGGUUUAGUUGCUUCAUAUUAUUACAUCAGUUACACCAUUAUUGAACGAUUCAGUUCCUCCAUAACUUCCAAAACUAAGAUGAAAGGUCUCUUGGAUAUUUUGGCAUCAGCUACAGAGUAUGCACAGCUUGCCAUUCGACCUGGUGAGGAAGAACUGAUUAGAAAGUCGAUCAACCAUAAGAGGUUUUCCUUUGAGAACCCUAGAUGCACUGAUCCUCAUGUUAAAGCAAAUGCUCACUGCAAGCUCACUUCUCACGUCACACAGUGCCAGGGAACCUUGCAGCAGACAAACGAGAAGUUCUUCCCAGUCUUGAAGCAAUGGAGUUGAGUUAAGCCCAGUCUUGUAAAUGCGUGGAAUCCCGUCACACAGUGCCAGGGAACCUUGAAAAGUAUUUGUUUUAUAAUUUUAGUUUUGCCAAGCUGUAGUAAAUAGAUUCUGCAGGAACCCAAAUGUCUUCAAAACUAUAGUAUUUAAAUCUGUCACACUUUAGUAUAAAUGUUUUGGAAUUUUAAAACCUUA